AGGGCUGCAGGAUAAUACAAAUGGGCUUUUUUUCAAAAACACCGGCACCACAAAGGCUCAUAUAGUAGUAGUUGAAAUCCCCUUGUUAAAAAAGUUUCCUCAUUAAUAAUGAUAUUUCUUUUGCCUAUGUUUGAAAUUCAUUAAGAAGAGAAAGAACUGCAUAAAACAAAAUAGAAUCAUAAUGGCAAAACGCUCUUUUUGAACUGUAAAUAUUCCACAAGUAAAUUUUAAAACAAUGACACCUACUUUCAGCUCAAUAAAGGUUAAAUGCACAUUUUGGCACUAAUGACGACGAAGUAGUUUGAUUGAUUGCAAAAUGCUGAAACACAUUCUGACAGAACAACCCAGCGGACCAAAUUAUCAGUAAUGACCAAGUUUUAUUUAUCAUCCAACACACAGAGAAAUCUCAUAAUAUAAUUUUUGUUUAAAAAUUAUAAAUGGAGCAACUUUGUACUUGUAAAACUCAUCAAAACAUAUUUUUGUUUUUUCUGGUAUUUAAAAGGCGUCAACUUCUUUACCUCCAUGCACGCCAUAGCCAAUAUUGGCUUUUGUGCAAUCUUCAUCAUUGUGUAGAGCUUUUCAUUAAGCUUUAGGCUUUGCUUUUAUACAAGAUCUUUCAGAACUUGAAUCGUCCUCUCCUAAGAGCAGGAGAUGAGCCUGCCUAGGCUUUCACAUCAACAGGAGACAUGUUCGCUGUUUCUUCUUCUUCCUGCCAUUAUCUGCAUAGGCUUGUUUCUGCUGCUUUGAGUCUUACAUUUGUAUUGCAACUUACCGAACAAAGUUUAUAAAAAGAAAAGGUGAUGAUUUACAAGACGAAGAUGGACUAUUUUUUGAGCCUGGUGACUUCUUUGGACUACCGGAUGACCAAGGGGAGGAUGGAGAAGACGACGAUAAAAACCCUGGAUAUUAUGCCACGUGCAGGGAGUUGAUCGGGAAAAUGAUUAGGGAUCAUUUGAAAUACGUGCAAAAUGCCGUAGGAGUCAUUUGCUGGAUAGAAAAUCAAAGAUCAAACGGUGCAAACCCGGAAGCUGUUAUCACACAUUUGACUGGAAAGGAUUUAACGUUGCCUGAUCCAGUAAGCGACCUAUUUUUGUGGAAUAUUAUAAACGAUAAUUUAGAACCACCUAAAAGAAAAAGAUUACACGAUGUCACUACUGUAAACGAUGUGGUUCAUUUGAUUAAUAAAUGUUCCAAUAUCAUUGUACUCACUGGUGCAGGGGUGUCAGUAUCAUGUGGGAUUCCAGAUUUUAGGAGCAAGAACGGUGUCUAUGCGAGGCUGGCUGAGGAUUUUCCCGAUUUGCCAGACCCGCAGGCGAUGUUCGACAUUAACUAUUUCCGGCAGAACCCAAAACCAUUUUUCAAAUUUGCCAAAGAAAUCUAUCCCGGGCAAUUCAAACCUUCGCCGUGUCACAGGUUUAUAAAGCUCCUUGAAAAAAAUAAAAAACUCCUACGUAACUACACGCAAAAUAUCGACACUUUGGAAAAAGUGGCCGGUAUAAAUAACGUCAUCGAAUGUCACGGAUCUUUUUCAACCGCGUCAUGUACAUUUUGUGGCUAUAAAGUGACAUCUGAUGACAUCAAGGAAGAAAUCUUUCAACAGCAGAUCCCAUAUUGUACAAAAUGUACUCCACCUGAAGGGGUACAAAAUGUGAUGAAGCCUGACAUUGUUUUCUUUGGAGAACAUCUAUCGGAUGCUUUUCAUGAAUCGAUAGAGUAUGACGUAACACAUUGUGAUCUCCUUAUUGUUAUUGGAUCUUCCUUAAAAGUUAGACCUGUAUCGUUAAUCCCAUAUUCCUUGCCGUCAAAAGUACCUCAGAUUCUAAUUAAUCGUGAAACAUUACCAAAAAAUUACUUUGACAUUGAAUUAUUGGGUGAUUCAGAUGUUAUAGUCGAUCAUCUUUGCAAUUUACUUGGUGGAGAUUGGAAGAAUGAAAUUUGUUGGAGGGAUACCCCCCUUGUAGAUAUAUCAGACAACCCUCCAACACCUUUCCUCAACAUGUUUAGCACAUCUAACAAAGAAGAAAUGAAUGGUGAUACCGGUGAUACACUUUUAAGCAGCGACAACAGCUUAAGCGUCGAGGAAGAAGAUGAGAAUGUUGAAAGCACGUCUGAUGAUGUCCAACCUGUGAAGUGUCAGAAAAUCGGCAAGAGGCACAUCCAGGGCGGCCACAGCGGGCACAGCUCAAUGAGGGACAGCGGGAUUGGCGAAAACAGCAACAGCAGCCAAGAAGACAGCAGCAGUCCUUCCAGACCGGCGAGUCAUGAAAACUCGUUUUAUUGUCUUCGAAAGAGAAGGUACGUCUUUCCAGGGGCCGAAUUGAACGAUUUGUACGACUUUUGUUAGCGUAUUUUAUCAACCUUUGACAUUCUGAUAUAAAAUAACUGGGAUUUUUUUUUUUACUAAUUUCGUUAUACAAUACAUUGUUAUAGUUUUUCAUUUUAAAUAUUUUUAUCGUGUCUAUUGUGCAUUUCACAUUGGAUACUUUGGGAAAGAAGCAAUAAUUUUCUGUUUUUUCUACAAAAAAUAAAAUAUUUGUUGUAUGCUUAGUUUAUUCUAUGUUGAUAAAAUUUGAUAGGAGUCCUUUUUUAAUGAAAUUCAACUCCUACCAAAUUUUAUAAUAGUUGUUUUAUUAUCAGCAUAGUUAAUGGUCGAUAAUUUUUUUUUUUAUAAGU